AUGUGUCAAAUAAUACCGGUGGACAUGUUUCUUCUAUGGGUCUACAAGUCUUCCUCCUUCGAGGUCCUCUGCAAGGUGGGUUGUGAAAGCAUUGUGUGGGGUUAUUACAUGGAGCUCCUGCACGUGACGGCCAAUAACAGGGCAUCAGGUAAGGAAAGCAUGACGAAGGUGGCACACAUAGAGCAUACACAAAUAAGUUUACAAAUUGGUUUGCAUGUUGGUCUGCAAAUUGGCUUGCAAACUGGCUUGCAAAUUGGCUUGCAAAUUGGUUUGCAAAUGGGUCUGCAAAGUGGUCUACAACUUGGUCUGCAAAUUGGUCUGCAAAUUGGUUUGCAAACUGGUUUACAAACGGGUUUGCAAACGGGUUUGCAGAUUGGUCUGCAAGGCGUUCUACAAGUCGGUCUGCAAGUAGCGCAGCACGGAUCAAAACAGCAACUUCGGCAACCCCCACACUAA